AUGUACGGCUCCCCCUUUCGCCCCUCAUCGACACAACCUGCGGAAUUGUCUCCUCUGAGUGGCCUUUCUCGUCCCAUUACCUCUUGUCUGCCGUGUCGAAGUCGCAAGGUCAAAUGCGACCGUCGGCAACCGUCACCGGGGCUGGUUUCGGAGUUAAGCCGAGUCACCAAAUCCAGUACUCCCAAGAUCUCUUCAUCCACGCUAGCUCGAAUAAAUCCCGGUCUUCAGCGUCUUGGUAACUUUAUGGCGCAAGCGAAGGCAUACGAGGCGUCGGAGCAUUGUCCCUCGCCGCUAGACUCAUUCACACCUACACGGUCGACACCAACCCCUCUUAAUGCAUCGCCCCCGCAACCGCGAUCGCAAGAAGACGCACUCAUUCUCGAGAAUGGAGUCCCCCACUUUGUCUCUGGCAAGCACUGGGCUUGGAUGGCAGCAGAGCUCCAAGACAUACAAUCUGUUCUUACGGAAUCGCAGAAUUCCUCCCCCGAACAGCCGCUCGAAGAUGUCAUCUGGGACGCCGAUUCGCCUGUAGUACACGGGACUACCUUCUGGCCUGAUACACGAGAGGAUUGCUAUUUACUCCUGAACGUUUUCUUGGCCAAUGUCGACCCGAUUCACCGAAUUAUCCAUCGUCCGAGUUUGGCCCGUCGCUUUGACGCAUUUAUUCGCUCCCAUUACCUUCUCGAGGACUAUCACACCCCUAGCACAUCGCGAACUGGCAGUGUUGUUAAUCUCCAACAGAAUACUAAUAUGGACGCUUUCGAACCGUUGGUCAUGUCCAUUUUCUACGCAGCCGUCAACAGUAUGAAAGAUACCGAUAUGGCCAAUAUGUUUGGCACAGACAAAACGUACCUCCUGAAUCGAUACCGAACAGGAACGGAAGUGUAUCUAAAACGGCAGAAAUUCAUGACUUCGAGGAGCUUUGAAGUUUUACAAGCAUUUGUGAUUUUCCUGACCGCGCAAUAUCGGGAAGAUGAUUUGGGAAAGGUAUGGCCACUGACUGGACUGGCUAUUCGAAUGGCCACGGUCCAUGGACUCCACCGGGACCCUUUAGCUCUACCCCUGGGGACGAUCGAUGUGAUACAGGUAGAGCUGCGUCGUCGCUUGUGGGCGCAGAUUUGUUACUUGGAUUUCCGCGCGGCGGAGGAUCAUGGGUUUGCGCCUUCGAUUCAUGAGUCGGACUUCGAUACCUGUCGACCCGUCAGCCUAGAUGAUGUCGAUCUGAUUGAAGGGGUGGCACCAUCGGCUGCACUCGCAGAUGUUCCCAAAUUCACCGAUAUGACCAUCUACCUGUUACGGAUCACCGCGGUCCAGUAUUACGGGCGCAUUAUUCAGAUAGCACUUGCUUCGCGGAAGCGAUUGCGCGGUAACCUUCGUGGCCCUGUGAGUGAGGCUGAAGCAUUAACGGAGCUACAAGGCCUGUUGAAUACCGCUGAGACUCUUGCGAGCGAGUUUGAGAAGCACCUUGACGACCUCGUUCGAUACUGCGAUAAGAGGGUGAUAUCGUCAAGCAUAUUCGUGGACGCCGCCACAGCUGUAGAGAAUUGGUGUACUAUCGCCUCUAGCAAGGCUUGCGAACCCUUCCAAUGGCAUAUAUUCUCCCACGCCGGCUUCUACCUGAUUCUCUAUGUACUAUCCGAGCUCCGCAGUGCUGGCUUCCAAUCCCCUGAAUGGACCGAUCUCCGCCAGCGAGGUCUCCGAUUAGCGAACGCCAUCUACGAGAUUCGCGGUCAGAAUACCACAGGUGCAUGGCCCGCUAUCAUUUGGUUGGUGAAUCGGAUUCGGUUCCAACAGGGUCUUGGCUCUGAUAUUGCCAACCAGCAUGCUGGGACCGCUCAAUCUGCAAAUAAUCAUCCCAUGAUGGAAUCUUUUGGUGUCCCUCUGGGUCCGGCGGGAACAGGCUUUGAUACGUCGGAUUUUAUGGGAUUGGUCAAUGUAGAGGACUUUGAUUUUGCGGAUUUCGCCAGUUUGGAUCCGAUGGGGUUUCAGGGGUUGCCACAGUGA